UCAAUACCCAAAAAAAAAAAAAAAUCAUUGAAUCAUCCAUUGACUUCCCUUGGUUAGUCUUUAAUAAAUCAAUCCUACUAUGUUACCUACCCAAAUUAACAUACUUCAACAUCACGAUGUGGGUUAUCUGUUCUGAUCUUGGCAAAGAUAAUGGAUCCAUCAUCGGGUAAAAGCCUCAAUCGGUGAAUCAAGGAUCGGCAAUCUUCAUUUCUCAUAUCAGACCAAUCCCAGUGUGAUCCGAAUUGUUGAAUAACUUGUUUUGUUGUUUGAGGACCUGAGGCUUAUAAGUUAAAACCCUUUUAAUGGCGGAUCGUCGUAAUGGCAAUGCUAAAAGCAAUAAUAGCAAGGCUCCUGGAGGGUCCACUUCAUAUGCAAUUAAUCUGGAGAAUUUCAGUAAGCGGUUAAAGAUGCUGUACUCUCAUUGGACUGAAUAUAACAAUGAUUUAUGGGGUGCUUCUGAAGUUCUUGCUAUAGCGACUCCUCCACCUUCAGAGGAUCUGAGGUACCUGAAAUCAUCAGCCCUGAAUGUUUGGUUAGUCGGAUAUGAGUUUCCAGAUACAAUCAUGGUGUUUAUGAAGAAGCAGAUCCAUUUCUUGUGUAGCCAGAAGAAGGCGUCUUUGCUGGAAGUUGUGAAAAGAUCUGCUAAGGAUGUUAUGGGGGUAGAAGUUGUGAUCCAUGUGAAGGCCAAAAAUGAUGAUGGGACUGCAUUGAUGGAUAAGAUAUUUCGUGCUGUGCAUGCCCAAUCAAGAUUGGAUGGUGGUGAUACUCCUGUGGUUGGGCACAUUGCGAGAGAGGCCCCUGAAGGAAAUCUAUUGGAAACCUGGGAUCAGAAAUUGAAGAGUGCAAAUUUUCAGCUUUGUGAUAUAACUAAUGGCUUCUCAGACCUAUUUGCAAUUAAAGAUGAAGCUGAGAUCACAAAUGUGAAAAAAGCUGCUUACCUGACUUCAUCAGUUAUGAAGCAUUUUGUGGUCCCAAGGUUGGAAAAAGUAAUUGAUGAAGAAAAGAAAGUUUCUCAUUCCUCAUUGAUGGAUGACACAGAAAAGGUUAUAUUGGAACCUGCAAAGAUUAAGGUAAAGCUUAAAGCUGAAAAUGUUGAUAUCUGUUACCCGCCUAUAUUUCAGAGUGGGGGAGAGUUUGAUCUUAAGCCAAGUGCAGCUAGCAAUGAUAGUAAUCUUUACUAUGAUUCUACCAGUGUAAUCAUUUGUGCCAUUGGUGCUCGUUAUAACAGCUACUGCUCAAAUGUUGCUCGGACUUUUUUAAUUGAUGCUAAUCCAGUUCAGAAAAAAGCUUAUGCAGUCCUUGUUAAGGCACAGGGUGCGGCAAUCGCUGCUUUGAAACCUGGAAGCAAGGCUGGUGAUGCAUACCAAGUAGCUGUUGCAGUAGUUGAAAAGGAGGCAGCAGAAUUAGCUCCAAGCCUGACAAAAUCUGCAGGAACUGGAAUUGGCCUUGAAUUUCGCGAGUCAGGUCAUAAUCUUAAUGGCAAGAAUGAGAAAAUUUUGAAAGCAGGCAUGGUUUUUAAUGUAUCUCUUGGUUUUCAGAAUCUACAAACAGAGACGAAAAACCCAAAAACUCAAAAAUUCUCUCUUUUGCUUUCUGACACGGUUAUUGUCAGUCAAAAUGCCCCAGAGGUGCUUACUUCACUGAGUUCUAAAGCUGUGAAUGAUGUGGCAUACUCAUUCAAUGAGGAUGAAGAUGAAGAUGAACAAGAAGAGCAGCCAAAGAUGAAGGCUAAAACUGGCAAUGCUGAGGUACUCCCAUCUAAGGCAACACUGAGGUCGGUGAACCACGAGAUGUCAAAGGAGGAACUAAGGAGGCAACACCAAGCUGAACUGGCCCGUCAAAAGAAUGAGGAGACUGCUAGGAGGCUUGCUGGUACUGGAUCUGGAGUUGCAGAUAACCGUGGCUCUGGAAAGCCUUCUAGUGAAUUGAUUGCAUAUAAGAAUGUCAAUGAUCUGCCUCCUCCUAAAGAUUUUAUGAUCCAGGUUGACCAGAGGAAUGAGGCCAUCCUCUUGCCUAUUCAUGGAACCGUGGUUCCUUUCCAUGUUGGUCAUGUGAAGAGUGUGUCUAGCCAGCAAGAUACAAAUCGUUCCUGCUACAUUCGCAUAAUCUUUAAUGUACCUGGAACUCCUUUCAACCCUCAUGAUUCAAACACAAUGAAGUUUCAAGGUUCUAUAUAUGUUAAGGAAGUUUCAUUUCGCUCCAAGGAUCCAAGGCACAUUAGUGAAGUAGUGCAACAAAUUAAAACCCUUCGCAGGCAGGUUGCGUCCCGCGAAUCAGAAAAAGCUGAGAGAGCAACUUUAGUCACUCAAGAGAAACUUCAACUUGCUGGAUCCAAAUUUAAGCCCAUGAAGUUGACUGACCUGUGGAUUCGUCCAGUAUUUGGCGGUCGUGGAAGAAAGCUAACUGGGACACUUGAAGCACAUACAAAUGGACUUCGGUAUUCAACUUCAAGGCCCGACGAGAGAGUUGAUAUUAUGUAUGCAAACAUCAAGCACGCAUUCUUCCAACCAGCAGAGAAGGAAAUGAUCACCCUCCUGCACUUUCAUCUGCACAAUCACAUAAUGGUGGGAAAUAAGAAGACAAAAGAUGUCCAAUUCUAUGUUGAAGUAAUGGAUGUGGUGCAGACGAUUGGAGGUGGGAAGAGAUCUGCAUAUGACCCUGAUGAAAUUGAGGAAGAACAACGGGAGAGGGAUAGGAGGAACAAGAUUAACUUGGAUUUCCAGAACUUUGUAAAUAGAGUAAAUGACCUCUGGGGGCAGUCUCAAUUUAAAGCCCUUGAUUUGGAGUUUGAUCAGCCCUUGCGAGAGCUUGGCUUCCAUGGGGUACCCCACAAAGCAUCUGCUUUUAUUGUUCCCACUUCAAGCUGUCUGGUUGAGCUCAUAGAGACACCCUUUGUGGUAGUUACUCUCAGCGAGAUUGAGAUAGUUAAUUUGGAGAGAGUUGGUCUUGGACAGAAGAAUUUUGAUAUGACUAUUGUAUUCAAGGAUUUCAAGAAAGAUGUUAUGCGGAUUGAUUCUAUUCCUUCUACGGCACUUGAUGGUAUAAAGGAAUGGCUUGAUACCACAGAUCUUAAGUACUAUGAGAGCAGGCUAAAUCUGAACUGGCGCCCAAUAUUGAAGACAAUUACAGAUGACCCUGAAAAGUUUAUCGAGGAUGGUGGAUGGGAAUUUCUGAACAUGGAGGCUAGUGAUUCAGACUCUGAGAACUCAGAGGAAUCGGAUCAAGGAUAUGUCCCUUCAGAUGCACAGUCUGACUCAGUUUCAGAAGAGGAGGGUGAUGACAGCGAGUCACUUGUGGAAUCUGAGGACGAUGAAGAAGAUGAUUCUGAUGAAGAUUCUGAAGAAGAUGAGGGAAAAACUUGGGAAGAGUUGGAAAGGGAAGCAAGCAAUGCAGAUAGGGAGAAAGGACAUGAAUCGGAUAGCGAGGAGGACAGAAAGAGAAGAAAAAUGAAGGCUUUUGGAAAAGCCCGGGCACCUGAGAGAAGAAAUUCUGGCGGCAGCCUUACCAAGCGGGCCAGGUUUAGGUAAAGAAUAAUAUGAAUUGCCUAAGGUUUUUUCUUUUUUAUUUUGCUUCAAGUUAGAUUGUCAAACCCAGAAGGUAACAUAAAACAUAUCUGUUUACUGGAUGUAGUCCAAGCAAUUUUACGAACAUAUGUAAAAUAGGUGGUGGAUUUCUUUCUCUGUCUUGUUUGUUGACACAGUCAAGUUUACCGUUUAAGAGGAUAGUUGUUUAAUUGGAAUGGGGAGCUUCCGGAUCAAUAGCACUGUCUAACUAGUUAACUUUGGCAGUUGUUAUCUGACUUUAUUCUCUGGGUUUUCUUUUUUCA